AUGCCGUUGGAUUGCGAAAUUUGGUGCUUGCUAUCCGAACGAAGGCGACUCAUCGAAAGGCUUUGGAGGUUACGCACCAUUCAGUCAUCUGACGAGAAACGUUCAAAAAGACGUUUCAAUCGUUUAUUGCGCGCUUUUGAUACGGAAGAUCUCGCUGCUAUACUAAAGGCAGUGGAAAGUGGUGGCCGAGAUAUUAAACAGUGUGCUCCCGGACCACCAAUGGAUGUAAUGGAAGAGAUGCCCAGUUGCUCACGAGAUGUUGCUGGAACGGAGGAUGAUGAAGGUUUCCUGGAUCAUCGUUACGAAAAUACCGGUUUAAUACCACAAAUUGAUAAGCCUAUGUCUAUACCUUAUCUUUGUUGUAAAUUAUGGCGAUGGAAAGAAUUACAGGUAGAUGCAGCAUUGCAUAGGUUGGAUCCAUUGCCAUGGUGUAGAUUUGGUCGCGUCACCAUGAAUAAUGCAACUGUUUCCUGUUGCAAUCCUUACCACUACGCUCUAUGGAUCAUUGACAAUAUGUCACCAACAAAUUUGAGAAAAGCAUCACUGUGUAAACGAAGACGGCAAGCAAUCGCUGCAAAUCCGGAUUCGUCUUCCGAAGAGGGUAGUUUAUCUGAUGGCUUAAAUGGCGCCGUUUCUAUUAUUGAUCAUUCCUUUAUAACAAAUGAUACCGGUUUCGGUGAUGAAAUUACGGGCACAAGUGUUGCAAAUAACAUUUUAUCACCGUCGCGCAUAUUGCCACUUUCGGAUUCACCAACACGCGGUACUCAAUCUUAUUUUUCGGCUUCAGCUUGGGCUCAUUUGUACAGGUGGAAAGAGAAAGAACGGAUGGAUGAACAUGGUGUGACACUUUCCGGACAAUUUGUUGCGGUUGGAUUAUUGGCUCAUUCUGUACACGAUGGCCAAAAUGUCUGCAAUCGAUGGGAUAUUGAUAACGAAGUAUCAUUUGCACUAAUUAGACAAGCGGAUGUGGAUGAAUCACAAGAAGUAUGGCUCUAUAAUAGUGGUGAUAAACCGUUGUUCAUUUCCAUCGCGUCAUCAUUUAGUUUACAUAAAUCGGAAACAAUCAGAAGGGUGAGUAGCGGGUAUUGUUACCGGGUUCAUCGUGAAUGUAGUAAUCUGUUACUGAAAGCGAGAACUGAAAGCCGUGUCGCGAAACGUGAUCCGGCUAAUACGCUCAGUUUUCUGAAUAUCAGUGUUGGCAAAGGUUGGGGUGACAAAUAUCAUAGAAUAAAUCAUACAGACACUCCAUGUCGUUAUGAGGUCAUUUUUGUGCCGGAUAAUUUAUGA